AUGAUUGAUCAUUAGUCACACAGUACUGAACAUUCAAUUGACAAUUAAAGCGAUGCAAAAUCGGAAGAGUCUUUUGAAGUGGUAGAAAAGAAAAUUAAGAAUAAAAAACAAUUUUUGGAAGAAGAACCAAGGAAAAAAAAGAAGGAGCUAUGUCGAAAUUAUCAAAUUAUGGGUAUUUGUAAAUAUGGAGAACAAUGUUUUUUUGCUCACUGUCCUUCUUAUUAUUAAUCAACUUUCUAAGACUAAGUCUUGAAGAAGACUAAACCUUGCAGAAGAUACUUUAGUGGUUCUUGUUACUUUGGUCAAAAAUGUCAAUUUUUACAUUCUUAAUGUAUUGAUGUAGUAGAGCAAAGAGAGUUUAUAGAGAAGUAAUACAAAGAAUUGAAGUUGAUGGUUCCUUUGAAUCCAAUUAAAUUGGAUCAAACUUAGAGAUUUGAUUUACAAAGAUUUCACCAUCUUUAUAAAAUUUUUGGGAGGAAAUUGAACUUCAGAAGGGAUGAACUAAUCAUUAAUAGUUGUAGAAAUCGAUUGUAGAUCUUCGUAUCAAUUUGUAAAUAAUCAGACAGGUUCGAAUAGUUAUUGAUGUCAAACAAUACAAGCAGAAAAGAAAGUGAAUAAAGCUGA